GGGGCUUGAGACUACAUUUCUCCAUCCACCUUUGCUUCUCUCCUCACUCGCCAUUUCUCCUUUGAAUCAAUGGAUACUGUUGUGAAGAAGAGCUUGAAGCCUGGCGUCAUGGCCCUCGCACGGCUCUGCAACAACAACGGUUGGUAUGCGCCGUCGCAGGCUCACUGUAGGCUCGGCCGCAUCGAGAUCUGGCUCUGCCAGCUCUGACUCCGGCAAUAACAUGCGUCGGGAUCUAGCUCACUUCAGACUCAGACAACAAGUUAGCCACUGAUGAGAGCUUCAUUUUUGUUCUAUUUUUUUGAACUCUUGUGGUUUUUGUUCUAUUUUUUCGAACUCGUGGUUUUUGUUUUGUUUUUUCAAACUCUUGUGGUUGAUUUCUAGUCUUGAUUUUGCUAUUUUUCUUUGUCUUGAUGGAACUGGAGCUAGAAUUUUUUGUUCUCUUUAAACCAAUGCUCGUUGGUUUCUGUGUUGAUUUCGCUGGCAUUUUAGGUUUUGGUUUGCUACAUAUCAAGUCUCCGGUGGUUCAGUACUAUUUCUUUUUUAUUUAUUUGCAUCAAUGUGAGUUGACUUGGUUUGAUGAAAUUCGAAUAUGUAUUUGAGGUUUUUUUUUUUAGACUAUGAUUUAGUUUCUCUUUGUUGCGUUUCAAUGGUGUCAGAGGAGUCAUUUGGGUUUGAGAAAAACCAAGAUCUGGGUUUGAUUUUGAGAGGAAGAGGAAGGGACAAGAGAGAGAGAAAGUGAAAGAGGAAGAAGAGAUGACAUGGAGGUUUUAUUGUUAGACUGUGAUUUAGUUUCUCUUUUGUUGCGUUUUAGUGGUAUCGAAGGAGUCAUUUGAGUUGAAGAAAAACCCAGAUCUGGG